GAUGUCUUAGUGGACACUUAUGAUUUUAUGACUUAUUUGUAUUAUUUCUAAAAUAAGCAGCAAAUUGAUUUAAAACGGUCGUUGAUAGAUUAGUUGAUUGCUAUAAUAAGGAGUUAGGUUUGUCUUAUUCAGCGAAAUAGAGAUCGACCUGAGCUCAUCAUUUUGACCUGAACAUACGGACAGUUUUUUAAAUGAACUUCAAUAUCCUAACGUUUGACUGUCUUGUGGGGGAUAUUUAUGUUGUAGAAAGUUUCACUCUUUACAGCCUUCCUGUGCAGCCUGCGGCCUGCAGCAUGAGCAGUAGGUGGAGUUUGUUUUUAAAGACAGUGUAAAGUGACACUUGGAGGGAGGAGCAGAGCAGUGGAGGUACUUCCUAAAACACAUUCCGGUGCUUUCUGCUUGAGGCUUGUUAUGCUGUUAUGUCCUCUGAAUUUUUAGUGAAACUCGGCUCCACUCUGGCUGUUUGACACCGUCUCCCUCAACGUCUCUUACUUUCACUUUCAACUGUCAUUUCCUGGAUGGAGACGGACAGUCUGCUGACCGGGAGUGUCAACAGAGCCCCCGGUGAUUAUGGGUCCCGGUCCGGCCCGGAGAUCGAAGGGGCACCGGGCAGCAGGCGGAUGUCGUACUCUGUCGCGUCGCAGUCGUGUAGUGUGGAGAGUGACACAGAUGAUAUGGACCUCUACGUUCAACAAGCUGUUGUAUUCAUCGAGGAUGCUAUACAGUACCGGUCCAUCAACCACCGGGUUGACGCCAGGUCACUUCGCCUGUAUCGGUGGUACUAUUCCAGGAUAUGCCAGUGGGGCUUGGGCCUGACCAUUGCAGUGGUGUUGUUGUUGGCCUUUGUGGAGCGGCCAUCCUCUCUGUCCAUCUCCUCAGACCUUCGACGUCGCUCUCCACACUGGGAGCCUCAGUGUGGCGUCACUGAGAGCAUCGAGAUGGUCUGCCUCAUCAUAUUCACUCUUGACCUUGCUGUCAAGAGCUACUUGAUUGGUUGGGAGGAAUUCAGAAAGAACAAAUGGCUGAUUGGCUACACCAUAGUCAUUUCGGUCUCUGUCAUUGACUGGAUGUUGUCUGUCAGCAUGGUGUGUGAUGAGAAACUGAGAGUACGGCGACUCCUUCGGCCAUUCUUCCUCCUGCAAAACUCCUCUCUGAUGAAAAAGACACUGAAAUGCAUUAAGAGGACUCUGCCAGAAAUUGCCAGUGUCAUCCUGCUCCUGGCGCUUCACCUCUGCCUCUUCACCAUGAUUGGAAUGCUGCUCUUUGCUAAAACUGAGGAUCCAAAGAAGAACAUGGAGUGGGAAUUACAUUUCAGAAACCUGCCUAAUUCUCUUACCUCUCUGCUGGUGCUGCUUACCACAGCCAACAACCCAGAUGUGAUGAUCCCUGCCUACUCCCUGAACAGAGGCUACUCCAUUUUCUUUGUCGCCUUCAGUGUAAUUGGAACCUACUGUCUGAUGAACUUACUGACAGCCAUCAUCUAUAACCAGUUCAGAGGAUAUUUACUGAUGUCGGUCAAAACGUCCAUCAUCAGGAGACGACUGGGGAUCCGAGCUGCUUUCCAAGUCCUCAGCUGCCAGGGAGCCCGACGGGCUGCUGAGGAGCGUGUACGUGUUAAUGCGGUACUGGAGGUGAUGUCCAGAGUUGAGAUGAAAAGCUACUACAGAGCAGCCAUCACUACGGAGGCACAGCAGUAUGCAGAUGUUGGCUACAUGGAUCGCGAGCAGUUCCAGAAGAUAUUUGAUGAACUUGAUAAAGAUUGCAUCAAGGAGCACCCUCCUUUGCCUCAGUACACCUCUCCAGUCCUGCAGAGACUCCAGGUGAUCUUCAGUCACUACUAUCUCACUAUACUUGGCAACGCAGUGGCACUGGUCAAUGUCAUGUGCAUAUGUACCAUCCUGGUGUUGAACUCUGAAAAGUCCACAGCAGAGAGAGAUGACUUUGUCUUGGAGAUCAUCAACUUCUGCUUCAUCCUCUACUACCUGUUUGAAAUGUGUGUGAAGAUUUUCGCCUUUGGCUGGAGAGGAUACCUUUCCUACAAGAACAACAUCUUUGAUGGCUUCCUCACCAUCCUGUUACUGGCCCUACAGAUCACUAUUUAUGCCGUCCACGGGCUGUCUUACUCUCGUGUGGACCCGUCCUCCCAUGGUGUGAUGUCUCUGUGGGAGAUGAUUCGUUUGGUCAACAUGCUGAUUGUCUUCCGUUUCCUGCGCAUCAUCCCAGAUAUCAAGCUUAUGGCUUUGGUUGCAAGCACGCUGUUGGACCUGGUGAAAAACCUCAGGGCGUUUGCAGGGAUUCUGGUGGUGGUGUACUAUGUAUUUGCUGUGUUUGGGAUCUGGCUGUUUGAAGGCGCCAUUAAACCUCCUUCAGCGAUGAGUGUGCUCUCCAAUACCACCAUGGAGAACAUCACCUCUAACUUCAGCAUGGAGUGCGGCACAUACGAACAGCUGGAAUACUGGCCCAACAACUUUGAUGACUUUGCUGCAGCCAUCAUUUUGCUGUAUGAUGUCAUGGUAGUUAACAACUGGCAGGUGUUCUUGGAUGCAUACAGCAGAUACACCACUGAGUGGUCCAAGAUUUACUUUGUGUGUUGGUGGCUCAUCUCCUCCGUCAUGUGGGUCAACUUGUUUGUGGCACUCAUUUUAGAGAACUUCAUCUACAAGUGGGACCGCAGUCACAGCUGCUCUGUAACAGAUGUGGAGAGGAUCAGAUAUGAGACCUCUGUCCAGCUCAUGUUCAAGGAGCAGAUCCAGGAGCCGACAGAGGAGGAAUUACUUUGUCAAUUACACCAACACCCCCACUUACACCUACACUGGUGACACACACUCACUCACACACACACAGCACCAGCACUUACCUGCCAGUAAAAACAAUGCUGCUGUGUCUACUGUGUGGUAGAGGCACUGAGAGGUCAAUAUUAUAACAUUUUACUACUAGUUUAUUUUAAUGUGUAUUAUUGUAGUAUGUAACUACCGCCACUGAGACCAGUAGUUGUCAUGUCAUUCAUGAGUGAAAUCACUGUGAACUGAAGUUUCAGUUGUGCUAAAAUUUCUCAUUGGCCUGGGCUUUCUGAACGUGAGUGGGUGGAGCUUAAGAACUACAAAUUGUGUACCAAGUUACUACAGUAUACAGUACCUGUGUUUUUGUGUGCAAGAACUUAAUUUAACUGUGAAGAUAAACAGCUCCUGCCAAUUUCACAUUUGGAAACUGCACAUAGAAAAAGACAAAACAAGACAGUGAAAAAAGUUGAAAAAAAUGAAUAGACAUCAUUAUGUGUGUUAAGUGUCGGGGAGAGCCUUCAGAGCAGCCUUUCUCACUUCUUGGUUAAACCAUUAAAAUGUAGGAGGCUUUAUUCCUUGGAAUUUGUUUGGGUUUUGCAUUACAGUUUUCUAGCCAUAAAAAAUCCAUGUAUAUUGUCUCAUCACACUCAUGGUACAUGUGUUAGCAGAGAAUGUGUGAGAACUGCUGCUGUGAGAUUAGAAUAACCUACUGUAUAUAGUGCUAGUUUACAAAGACAAAGUGCAUUUUGUCUUUCACUGGAUGCAGUCGUUCAGGCACAGCAACAAAGAACAACAACAAAGAAAAUAUUCAGCAUUGGUUUUUAACAAUUUGCAACACACUGUCCACCACAUGCAUCAGGGCAGAGCCGUCACUACAUACACAGUACAGGAGGACAUACACCCACAGUUUCUUUGCAAAAAUGUGGACACAGGUUGAGUCAGUGAUGGUUGAAGUUUUUUAGCUUGCCACCAAGGCUCUCUGUGUGGUCAUGCAACCGCAGGGACCUACAGGGCUCCUGGUAGGGUGACCUGUACUGAGUACCUUGGACAUGGCACAAAGAAGCAUAUCAACAUCAGAUACAUCAGCUGGACUUAAAGUGUCCAGUCUGUGCCAAUAAACAGUUAUUGAUAUUAAUUAAACAUGCUGUAUUAUGUGUGCCAUAUUGCUGCCAUUCCCUCUAUUUGAAACUGUAGCUUAUUUUAUUAACAUACAUGAUGAGACUAGAGGGUGAACAGCAGCGACCUGUAGCUCAUUCAGAAAACAGAUCACAAAUGUUGAAAGGGAGCAGAUGUGGUGGUGGCAACUACUGUGUGCCUUGUUUUCCAACUGUCAGUAGUGAUGACAUUAGGUUCUCUGCAUCACUAAGCCCACAUGCUGUUCAGUUCCAUGGUAAAGAUAUGCUUUGAUGUUUUUGAAUCAAUGGUUGUAGAUGCUGUAGCUAAUGCUGUUGUGCUGGAUUGUUAGUGUGGAUUUGUUGCUAAAUGUGUGGAAUGAAGUUAUCUGAGGGAGUUUCUGGGGAGGAUGUUUGUUUUGUGUUUUCCAAACUGCAGAAAAAAGUCUACCAGGAACCAGGAAGUACACCUUUAACUGGCAUUCCUGUGCUCACGAGGAAAGGCCCCUACAUGUUUUUAGCCACUACCCUUCAGAGGGCCACUGUACACCACUCAUAUUGAAGCAAAAUUGUCAGUUACAUGGGCCAGAUUUUUUUUUAGUCCAUGUAAAUGAAGGUGUUCAUAAGGAAAUGUUUUAAAUGCCUCUGUCACUAAGAUACAAUGUUCUUUUUUCCUGGAUCCACAGCAAAAACCAAACUGUUCCUUAAUGGCCUUUGGUCUGACUUAUCUCACACACACACACAGACACACACACACACACACACACACACACACAUUUCAUUAAAAUCUGACUACAGGUCAGUCAGACAAAAUCAAAACAAAAGCUCCUUGGUAGUGUUUUCAUACAGUUUUUUUUCCAUACAUAUGUACAUAUCUUACAUAGAUUCUGUGUCUGAGAACAUGCGAUCUUGAGUCUGUAAAUGUGACUGCUUGAUAUUCACAUGAGACAUCAGUAUGUUAGGCAUCCAGAACAUUUAGAGAGCAUGUGUGAGAGGAGUUUAAGAUGAAUAUACCCUGGGGCUGUCUGUGGCACUGGAAAGGCUGAAGGCUGCAUGCUGGAUUAUCUUUCAUUUACAGGGUGUAGUAACAAAGGCUCAGUAAAUGUGAUCACUUUGCACAGAAGUAUCUGCCAUGAAGCCAGUGUAUUCAGAUGUUCUAACUCAGAGGAUAAAAAGGGAUGAGCUCACUGCUUGUGAGACUUGGACCUGGUGUUCCUUGGUCUUUAUAUAAAUACAGUUCAAAUGCAUUUUAUUUUGGGGAGAAUAUUUUUAUACAUAGAUGUUUGGAUGUAUAAGAAAAUUAGUAUGAAAAAUUCUAACUCUAAUGCAAAAAUGAAUGAACUUGAUGUACAGAUUGUAUUUAAGUCUGCAUUUUGUGAACUUUUUGUAAGUAAUGAUCCAAACACAGAUUUUAAAUAAAUAUUUUGCAUAAAUUCAAAGA